AGUGGCUAACAUCGCCGUCUCUCACACGGCAGCCGGGGGUUCGAUUCCCCCUAUCGGAGCUCAAAUUUCCUUUUUUGCUUUUGCUUACCCUUUCUGCCUCUCCAUGUGCCAACACCAAUUACUGCGCAAAUAUAUAUCUAUCUAUAUAUUUUUGUCUUUUUUCACUUCUUUUCGGUCCAUUCCUACUCCUUUGAAGUCCUUGGCUGCAUGCCGUCCUGUAACUCCUCGAAACAUAGAACCACUGCUCGGAGCUGAGAAGUUCUCACAUCCAUCCCGCUGGUUGAUUGCAGAGCGAAGUGUGUGUCACUGUGGAUGGAUAAGCGGCCACCUGCUUGCAUUGCAUGUGCAUGUUGCUAAGUUGCAUGCAUGCCGUAUUUCCGCGGACCUCAUUACACUUGAGUUAGCUAUUCAGCAUCGGAAAGUCGUGAAAGAACGGGCUGGUAGCGUCAUAUUAUAUCGACUACCGGACAGGUAUGCUUGGCCCAUACCGAUUUAGCCUUACAGCUUAUCACAAUCUAAGAACUACUUAUCUAUAUCUCUUGUCCCCACCAUUUCAAAAUCAUCCCCACCACAUGUGCAGAUAGUAGACUUUAUAGCCGGCAGCUAAACCUUCGGGAUGUAGCCUGGAGGCUAGCCGGGGUUCAAGGCCUGACCGCAGUUCUUGCGCCGAGACCCCCGGGUAAUUGAUAUAUGUAAUGGCUUAUCGGUUCGAUAGAAUUCGAAUUAACUGUUGUCAUUCGAACGCGCAUAUCAUCUUCUUGCAUUGCAA